GGUUGAAUUACUUUCAUAUUACACUCGUCCUUCCCGAUUACACCGUAGCAAAAGCUGGUCGUAGCAACUUUGCGAUUAGUCUCUUCUCUCAUAGUCCACUCUAGUCUACAUUUUUUCCCUGGUCGAAGUAACUGACUGAUCGACGUCACCAUCUCUUAGAUUACACAACGUAACAUUAGUAUUACUUCGUGGAUAACACAAAGAUUCCUUAGAAAGCAAUCGCAAUACGUGUAAUAAUAUAAAAUAAACAUGAGUAUCAAAUCAAAAUCUUCUAUUUACGAGCUUUGUUGUCGUAACCUCAAAAUUUCGCGUCACGUUUGAAAUAGAAGGAAAAAUCUAUAUAAAUUUGAAGAACCUCGAUCAACGUAUUCUUAUCCGUAGAAAAAGGGAAACGGAAAAAGGCGGAGAACAACGCGACAAAAUGACUAGUAAAAUUCAGAAAUUUGAAAAUGAUAUUGACGAACUGAAUUCUGAUGAAAAUGAGAGACCUGCUGGUGAAAGAUGGGCUCCAGUCGGAGCUAACGAUGGCGACGAUGAUUUUGGAGAUGAAUUGCGAUACAAAUAUACCCAUAGCAUGGAAAGCUUGUCAUGUGAUACAGAAAGACUCAAGAUAUUGGAAGAAGAACAAGAAAUGCUCAACUCUUCUUUGAUUGCAUUAACAACACAUUUUGCCCAGGUUCAGUUCAGGUUGAGGCAAAUCGUCGAUGCUCCAGCAGCACAGAAAGAGAGUCUACUCAAAGAACUGGAGGAGUUUGCAUUUCGUGGAAUACCAGAUGUUCCAAGUAACUUGUGUGGAGAAAAUCACAUAGCUCCUUCUUCUGCGGUUAUGUCAUCUCACGAUCAAAGCGCAAUCAGUUCAAUAAGCGACAGUGAAGUUGAAACUAAAAUGGCACUGCAACGGACAAAACAACGCGAGUUGAUAGUUCAGCUUAAGUCGCAGCUGGAAGAUCUAGAAAAGUACGCUUAUGAAACUGGAGGUGCGGGUCCACCUCAGAGUGUUAUAUUGGAACGUCAAAAUUUAAUCAUCAAUCACCUUAAAGAAAAGUUGAACUUUAACAUUGACGAUCUAUGCAAGCUACCACUAGAAGAUUUACGGUGGCAAGUUGAUUGCGCAAUUAGUCAAAUCGUUAGCCCAUUGAAAAUGAAGGAACAGCUUGUGACACAACUUAAAACUCAGAUCACAGAUCUGGAACGUUUUAUUAAUUAUUUACAAGGUGAAGUAAGCCCUGAGAGCUUAGCCUGCACGUGUGCAUGCCCCGUACACACAAACGGAACAGCAUCAUCGUCAUAUGGGCGAAAAUCAUUCAAGAACAGAUCGGAAGACGAGGAAAUACAGUCUAAGACUCUAUUUACGAUAAGAAGAGCUGCGGCUUUACUUCACAUGUUCGCUUUGUCACAGUUGGGCUGUAGCAGUGAUCAAGCUAGAAAAAAUAUGAAAAAAAAUGCUGCGCGAAAUUGGAGGGACUUGAGAACACGAUUGGACGUUGCCGUAGAGCAUGUUCUAGCACAGAUAGCAGAAGCAAAAAAUGACACAGCUGAGGACAAUGAUUAUACUUCGGAUUCGGACUCACCGACAACCCAAUCCAACGCAAAAAUAACAUUCGCAGUUCGAAAGCAUCUCACUGUAAGCAUACGAGAUCUGCUGCAACACGGGCUAACAUUAGAUAACCAAGCAUCAAGUGUUGUUCCAUUCGUCGGCUGUUUUCCUCAACGACACAAUUCUUCAACAAAUUCUAUGCAUAUAUGGGAAUUGAUUUUGAGGUAUUACGACAUCAAGAAUGGUCACACGUAUAAUUCCAGUCCUGCUCAAAAACUUUCACAGAGUUUUAACCUGGAUCUAUCAGGCAGAAGUACAAUUUCUUCAAAACAAAGUCUGUUAACCACUAUUGGAAAUAUUGUUGCAUCGCAUACGCCAUAUAAAAGAAGUUACGAUUCUCACUUCAAAGCUUUCGUUUGCGCAGCAUUGAAUCUAAACAAAUUAGUUGUCUGGCUAAAGUUGAUACUGCAGUCACAGUACCUAUUGGAGAACUAUUACACUUCAUGGAGCUACGUAGUAAAAACUGGUUUUCAGGAUGGCUUUCAUUCUUUGGAUCGUCUUACUAAUUUUAAAUUCGAUCUACCCGUUGACCUGGCUGUACGACAAUUCCAGAAUAUCAAAGAUGCAUUUUAAAGCGAUCCGUAAAGCGUUAAUAUUUCUACAAAUUUCAUCGCCAUUUAGUAAUUAUUCGAAAUAUUCAUUCCUCACCGACUUAAUCAUAUCUGCGUAACAGUUUUUCAUAGAUCAAGUAUCGCAGACUGACAGGACGAGUAAGUAAUUUUUUAAGAAUUUACGGGUAUUGUCGAGUUGAAAAGCGCCGGAUCUUCUGGAUGGUAAAAAUGGCAAGGAUCAAAGCUUGCCGUUAGAUUCGUGGUCCAGCAGCACAGCGCUAUGCCCCCCAUGCCGCUGAAACUGGCAGAGGAGAAUUAGCGAAUCGACCCUGCCUUCAUUUUUACCAUUCAACUUGCCAAUAGCUAGUUUCAUUUCGUUCACCCCCUACAGUUUCACGCUAAUGCUGAAUAUAGAUUUGUAUUCAUUAGGGUAGAUUUUAUGAAGCAAAUGUGGGCUACAUUCGACCAUUUUCGCGAGGAUGUUAGAACAAAUUUUACAAACAUUAAUUUCGGACUAAGACCAAGAAAUUCACAUUAUCUUGGAAUUGAGCAAAUAAGAAGGUAAAUGUGAAGCUUUUACGUGGUCUAACGUUGCAGCAAUCACGCAACAUUCAAUAUUGUUAUAAUAAUAUUAAUAAUAAAUAUUAUUGUUACAUUAAAUGAGAUCUGAACGUUUUUCGUUAUUAUUAUUUAUGUUUAUCUAAUAGCAAGUAACUCUUUUCAUUCGUAAAUAUUGUUCAGACUUUCUUCAACAAAUUUUUUUUUACGUAUCGUAUAAACUGAAUUCAUAUCAACUACCACGGUAUCAAUUCCUAAACAUAGCUUAGAAAGAGAAGGAGGCACAAUUUUGUAGUUGUCCUCAUUUUCAAUUACAUGCAAUCACUUGGUAAUAUUUUUUCUACAAUGUAGCUUCGUGACAAAAAUAAUUACUCUGCUGAUAAAAAUAUACGAAGAUUGAAACAUUUUGUUUAAAAUGAAUACAUAGUAUUACCUAAAGUACUAAGCAACACAGCGUAUGCUGAGUCACCUUACUCUGCUAUUGUUGUUACGGUUUCAAAUGAGUUUUUGAAUCUUGGAAAAGUUUACGUGAGAAUUUUUUAAAAAAGUACAUAAACUUGCUGCAUUACUUUGUUGGCAGAGUAAGAUGCUCGGCAGUUCUAUAAUUCAUACAUCAUAGUUAAUAUUUUAUUCAUUCAUAGAUUCUUAAUGGUAUCGAGUGUUUUGAUUCAUUUGUUAGUUAGGAGAAAUUCUAAAAUAUCUGAACGGUUGAUAAAAGAAAACGUGUAACACUAACAUGUGACGACACGUAAACUAGUUGCGGCUAAGUCAUGUCACGGUGUGAAACAUUUACUUCUACGACGACGUUACGAUAUAUGUUGAUUGGGUUUAAGUAAUAAAAGUAUCACUUGUAUUAUAUUCUCCACUGACAAAUUGAAAUGUGUAAAACUGAGCUAGUAUAAAAUGUUAGCUAUAGUUGUGUCAUAAUGAAAAUAUUUUCUGUUUAUGAAUGAAAUACUUUAAAGAAUUACAGGUUCCUUUGCUGAAAAGGAGUGAAAUAUAUUUAUGGAAUGACUUCAUUGUUACGUUGUUAUAUCCCAAUUCCAAAUAACCUUGAGAUAACAUUAAAGUUUGAUAAAAAUA